ACCUUAACAUCGAGACGACACCCAAUCCGAAAACAUCCGCCCACCGACCCGCCGCGCAGCAAUUUGUCGUCGUCGCUACAGCGCGGCCUGUACCUAUUCCGUCUCCGGCGGCCGCUCGGGCCGGUGUCGCACCCCGCGCAGCGUCUCGAAGAGGACCAGGAAAAUAGCCUCCCGUCGGACGGGUAUAUAACGGUGCGUCGGCAGACGACCCACACCAGUCCCGAAGCCGGUCCGUGCACUCGAUAUGAAGCCGGCUGCGUUCCGGACACUACUGGUCCUGGCCCUACUGGCCCUGGCCGUGGGUCAGAAAAACAAGAGCUCCGGACGGAAGUCCAAGAGGAAGUCGACCACCACCGAGGCGGCGCCGGAGACCACCACCACCGCCGCACCCACCACCACGCUGCCGCCGCCGCCGCCGCCGCCCCAGCAGCCGGCGCGCGCGCCCACCCAGUGGUACAAUGGCCGCGGCGGUCCCGGCUCCGGCCCCGGCUCCGGCCCCGGCUUCUCCGGACCCGGUCGCUUUUCUGGUGCCGGCCCGUCUGGUAGCUCUGGCGCAUACCGUAACUUCGGCAGACACAGUGGCUCUGGCGGCUUCACGAGUCCUAGCGCAUUCGGUGGCCGACCCGCAUACCAAGGAAGAAACAACUAUCAGGUUCAGGGCGCUGCUCAAGGUGCGGGCUAUUCGCAAGGUGCAGGUGGUUUUCAAGGUUCUGGCAGUUCUCAAGGACCGAGCGGCGGUCAAGCUUCGGCUGGUCCUCAAGGUGCGGUCGGCGCUCAAGGUGCAGGAAAUACUCAAGGUCCAAGCAAUACCCGCGGCGUGACCAGCCAGGUCCGCGGCCGACCAGGCCGUCCCUAUUACUACCUGUCGUGGCGUGAUGCACCUCCGACGCGCAUGCUCUACACGUGGGCGGAGGCGGACGACAUCUGCCGCAUGGAGGGAGGCCAGCUCAUCUCUGUCAACACCAGGGAGAAGCAGAGCUACCUCUCCUGGCUGUUUGACGAAGAGGCUGAGGACAUUCGCUCUCUAUGGACGUCGGGCAAGUUCCAGACAGGCGAGUUCCGGUGGGCCGACGGCACGGCCGUCUCUGCCGGCUACACACGCUGGAGCAGAACGGGCCCGCUGUUCCAGCCGCAGCCGGAUAAUGCUGAGGGCUUCGAGGACUGCAUCGCCGUGCUCAACGACCUCUACGGCGACGGCGUGGCGUGGCACGACGAGCAGUGCUCCUACCGUCAUCACUUUGUGUGCGAGCUCUAGUCGGGACGGGGUGUGGAACGAGGUGAAGGAGGAGGAGGAGAUGGCGGCUGAGCGACCUGUGGAGGGUGGGCGUCAGGUGCCUGGCGCGAGCACUGACGGACGCCGUCUUGACACGCACACACCGGCAAACCCGAGAGCGGUUACUGUCAGUGUCUAGAGGUCUGUGUCCUGCGUGAGGUCUGUGUCCUGCGUGCUGGAUUUGUAUCCUUCCAUUGUAUCACCGAUUGUCCGCGUCGCCGCCGCGCGGUGAAAAAGAUACGCUGUAAAUAUAGUGACUGCAUGCAACAUGACAAGG